GGGAAGGCGUGGCAGCAUGCGUCGUCUUUUUGACUUCGGUGGCGAGCGGAGGGCAUCAGACUCGCCCGGACGACAAGAUCAGCAGCAACAGCAACAGCACGGGUGGCGCCUGCCGAGUUGGGAGAGCAUCACCGGCGCGGCGAUGGGCCACCACCCCUCACACACAUCCGUGGCUGCCGCUCCACAAGCCUACCAUGCCUCACAGUCAGGUGCAUAACACACAAGAGAGGGAAGAACCAACCUUACACAUCUUCCUUCCCUCCCUCCCUCGUCCAUUUGUGUGUUUGCUGUCGACGGAUCCGUGCGCUUGCAGGUCCGCUGAUGGGCGGAGGGGACAGCUCCCCGUCAGUGGUGGCACUGGAGCGUUCCCGUGCCAUUCAGGAGAUCCGGAUGGCCAAGGAGCUGUCGGUCGUCAUGGCGCUCAACGACGAAGGGUUCACCAUCGAGCAGGUCGAGCAGGCCGUCGCGGGGCAAAUCAAGGUGCGGGCGGCAACAAACACAAGGGCGACAAAUGGACGGAUGGAUGGAUGGACGCAAGCAACACACGUGUGUGUAUGCGUGAACGUAUGUGUGUGUGUGUGUGUUCAGGUGACGGUGCCGCGUGUGAUGCUCAAGGACGACCUGAACGGUGACAUAUCCUUCACAGUGGCGCCCUCGCAGCAGUUCCCAUUCAAACCGCCACACGUCUUCUGCCUCACCAGAGUGAGUGAGUGACUGAGUGAGUGGGUGGGUGGGCGACGGACAUGCCUGCACGCCCACUGCCCAUGCGUGUGCGCUCUGCUUGUGUGUGUGCGUGUGUGUGUCAGUUUUGUUUCCCUUCGUUGGCUGAUGGUCGCGACCUGGUCUAUGACGUCAUCCGAAAAGACUGGUCAGUCAGACGUGAUGGAAAGAUCGGGAUGUGACGACGCACAGAUAUGUGUGUGUGCUGCAUUGUCCUCCUCUCCCCUGCCCUCCCCUCACACACAGGGUGCCAUCCACCACCUACGCGUCAAUCAUCCGGCAGCUCCCUGGCUUCAUCGGUAGGUACACUCACCCACCCCGCUCAUGCAAUGCACACCAGACAUAUAUUCCCCUUCUCCCUCUCCCCCUCCCUCUCUCCCCCUGUAUGUGUGUGCAUCAGACCGUGUGCUGGAGGUGUCGCGUGAGAAGGGCCCGCAGGCGAUGCUCUUCGGCUUCUUCGACGGCAGCGUGUCCAUCGACCGGUACCUCAGGGACCCCAAUGCAUCCGUCAUGCCCUGCCAGAAGGUCGACCAGCUGUCGCACCGCAGCGUGCCGCGGUUUGUGGUCCUCACAGAGGGGGCGCUGCUGGUGCUCGAGGUGACGCAGAACUCAUCUCCGCAGCGGUUUGGCGAGAUUCGGUCAUGGGCGCACCUCUCGCAGCUCACUAGCGUGACGAGAAAGGUACAAACGGCCGGACAUCUAUCUACCUGAUGGGGUGAACGAGCCAGUCUUCCGAUGUGUGUCUUGUGUUGUGUUGUGUUGUGUGUUGGUGGUGUUCAGAAAAACACGGGCGUGGUGACGUUGCGCGUUAGGGGGUACGGUGCCGGACAGGGAGACAAAAUUCAGGUCAGAGAGAGGGAGGGAGGGAGGGAGGGAGGGAUUGCGACACAUGGGCUGUCUGUCUGUCUGUCUGUGGUUGGGUCGGGUGGUUGGUGCAGACGUUUGUGUUUGAGGACCCCGAGACCUUCAUGGCUGUCCUCCAGCACCACAUGGCCUCCCUUGGGGUCGAUUCAUUCAAUGCCAACGCCAACGGUAGACAGACAGAGAGAGAGAGGAAGAGAUGGGCAGCGGCACAAGUCAUCUCGGCGCGUGUGUUACCUGUUUCAUGUCCAUCAAUCAGAGUCCCUCGAGAACGUCUCAGUGGAGAUCAUCAGGAUGCGCAGCAUUGUUGACGACCCCAAUGCGCAGGAGCCCCUCUCCAUCUCGUUCGUCCAGCGGCUCAUGGCGCUCUACCAAAAACAGGUGGGGAGAAAGACCAGAAAAUAGCCAGACACAUCACAUCACAAAAUGCACCUCUCUCUCUCUGUUCAUCAGAUUGAGUUGUAUUCGGCGCGGAGCGAUCCGGCCUACGAGACCGCCCUGCAGUCACUCAAGGAAUUCCUGCAAAACCCACGCGUCAGUGCCGUGCUCGACACACACCACCACCACCAGCACGGGCAGCAGCAGCAGCAUGAGCACGAGCAGCACGAGCAGCACAGAGGCAGCGACACGAGCAGCUCACGGCACGCGGACCACAUCGCCUUCGUGCCCACCGUCUACGAGAAGAAAGACAGAGACCAGCGGAGCAGCGUCCACGUCGAGUCGGCACAGGCGGCGAGCGAGGAGGCCCUGGCCGGGCCGUCCACCGUGCUACCACCACCACCACCACCCCCUCCGCCGCCCGAUCUGCUGACGACCGAGCAGCCAGCGACAACAGAAGACACACAUCAGGGGGAGGGGGCUGACGCGAAGAAUGGAGGCGGCCAGGGCGCCCCGGAUCUUUUGUGAGUGGCUGGCUGGCUGGUUGUCUUUCGCGGGCGGCAAGUUUUUCGGAUGUCAGCGUACGCGCAUGUGCUGUGCAUGAGAGUGGGUGGCUACGAGCAGAUAUGACGGGUGUUCGUUCGUGUGCGCGUGGGGUAUGCGCCAGUGUGGUCUUUUUCGUUGUGCGACGUGUUUGUUGUCCCAUACACUAUGCGCUCUUCUCCCUAUUUGUCAUUGUCACUUCUCACCUUCUGUCUGUCUUUCUCAUCGCACAAAACACCUACCCAUCUAUCUCUCACUCUGUGACGCUCGGGUGCGCUCGCUGAUCGAACGGAUGACUGACUGGCUGAGUGUUCGUCCUCUCUGGUUAUAACUGAGCCAGCAUCCGUAAUCCUUUCCCCCUCUCAGUCUUUCGCCCGACCCUCCUCCCUCCCUCCCUCCCUCUCUCCCUCCCUUGACUCGCUACACCACACACAUGCACUCAGCACUCUCUACAACCACACAACAUACAUACUGACAGAGAGAGAGGUGUGCAGGGCACACAGGAGGACGGACGGGCUUUAAACCGUUGCGGCUGUUGCAGCUGCAUUGGGUAGUAAAAUCGUGAGUAGUGGGACACAUACACAUCCAUCGGAUACAUACAUGUGGCGAUAGCCACCAACCAACAGACACACACAUGGACCCACACAACACAGCACAGCACAGCCCAGCACACGAGGCUGAAAACUCCCCCCGCGCCUCAGUCUGUCUGUCUGUGUCUGCGUCGUGCCUAGCUGUCUCGCCAGGCAAACAGAUGGAUGGAUGGAUGGAUGGAUAAGGAACCCACCACACAUCACAUGAUACAAAC